AUGAUCCCAUAUCCUCCCAUUAUUCAACCAACACUAAGGUCAGCAAAUCAAAGCAGUGGAUUCAAAGACUCUGAAGACAAAUUUCAACAUUCCACACCUAAAUACGUGUUAAAAGUUCCGAUCCCAUCACUAGCCACAUUACAAUAAGCACCUUAAUCAGAUAACAAAAGUAAAUCAGGACAUAAGGAGAAUAAUUUCAGUGCUAUGACAUUCGAUUAGAAAAAAUGGAAUCCAGAUAGCCAAGGCUCUGAUAAUAAAUGCGUGUUAUCUUAAUCAGCCAAGAAAGUCAACACUGAAAAUGAUGAUGGCUCAAGUAUUGUAGAGAAGUCUUUUACAGAAGCAGCCUAAAAGAUAUUGAAGAUUAAAAAUCUCGAAUUGGAAAACAAAGUUUCAUUGCUUGUUAUUGAAAAUGAGCGUCUUACAACAUUUCUAAACGAUUAAUUUCAAGAAAAUGAAAAAUUAACUAACGACCUUCAAAACAAUCAAGCAAGUCUCUAGGAUUUGUCUAAACACUAUGAAGAUAAAUUGAAUAUAGUCUUAUUGGAAAAUGAGAAGAUUGUAGCUAUAAAUCAAACUUUGACUAUGAAAAAUGAAUAGAUGCAAAAUCAAAUAAAAAGAUUGUAGAGUGAGAGAGAUGAGGAAAUCAAUAAAACUAGGAAAGAAUGGGCAGGGAAAUACCAAUAAUAAAUUAAUUAAAUUGAUGAAAUGAGAAAAAGUGAAAUACAUUAAGUAGAUAAUAGAAUUGAUAAGUUACAAUUUGAAAAAUCAGAAUUACAAGCAUUAAUUUAAGAGUAACAAUAAAAAUUGAUGGAAUUCUAAAUUGAACUCAAAGUCAGAGAUCAGACCUUGAUUGAUUAUGAAAAUGUUAAAGCCGAUUUGGCAUCUAAAAUCCAUAGAAUUGAAAUGAUGAGUUAAACCAUAUUGGCUUAAGAGAAGAGAAUAUAUGAUUUAGAAGCUAGAUUAGAUAUAAUGGUGGCAGAUAAUAAAUAAUUGCAUGAUGUUAAUGAAUAAUUAAAUUAAACAUAAAGAAUUUUAUAAGGAACAAUGGAAGAUAGAUAGAUUGAAUUUGAUAGAGAAUAACAUAAAUUAAAAGAUUUCUAUGAAUUAGAAUUAAGAAAUUUGAGCAAUAAAAAUAAAUAAUAAACUGAGGAUAUCAAACUUAAACAUCAAGAAUAAUUGUAGGCAUAAAGAGUAUAAAUAGAAAAUGAGUUGAUUAAAGAACUAGAAUAAUACAAGAUGGAAUUGGAGACUAAACAAAAUGAAUUAAAUAAUAACUUAUUGAUUUGGUAGGAAAAGGAGAAAAAUAUCACUUAGGAGAAUAGGAAAGAACUAGAGAUAAAAGAUCAAAUGAUAUAAACAUUGAAAUUCUCGAAUUAAAGUUUAUAAGAUUAGAUGAAUCAAUUAUAAGCAUUAAUCAGCAAAAUGCAAGAAGACUUCGAUAGUCAAUAUAGUUAGAAAGAGACAGAGUGCGUUAAGAUGGCUAAGAACAUUCAUCUUAAGGAGUAGGCAUUGAAAUAGAUGAGUUUAAGAUUGGAUGAAAUUUGUAAGUAAUUGAAGAUCUUGGAAGAAUAGAGAGAUGAAUUGAGUUAAGAAAUGAAGGAUAAGAAUAAUAAGGUCAAGGAUCUUGAAAUGAAAUUAGAUAUUGUUGUCAAAGAUAAUGAUACAAUGGAAAAUCAAUUGAAGAAUAAUCAAACUUAGUUAUAAUUAAUGGAACAGAGAUAUGCCAAUUUAGAGUAGACCAGUGAAUAGAAAAUAGAAGAUAUGAAGAUAUAAUAUUCAUUAGAAGUUUAAGCAUAGAUUGAGCAAUGCAUCACUUAAUAUUAAUAAACUAUUAAGUAUGAGUAGGAUCACUCUGAAUAAUUAAUGAAGAAUUUAAAGAAAUAGUAAGAAAAAGCUAAGCAUUUUGAAUUGUUGAGUGAGUAAUAAUUAAAUGAUAUGGAGAAAUUGAAUAAAAGAAUAGAAGAAUUGAUAGAUGUUUGUGAAUAGAAUGGGUCCAAAAUGAUGACACUAGAGAAUCUACUUAAAGAAAGGGAUAAUGACUAUGAUGUCUUAAAUCAAAAGUUUUAGUCAGUAGCAGAUAAUUAUGAAUUAUAAAUAGAUGUUUUGAACAGAUAAAUGUAUGAUAUGGGUAUCCAAAAUGAGGAUUUGGCUUCAAAUUUGAAUUAAACAUAAGAAACAUUUAUAAGUAUGAUAGACUAUUAACUUUUAGAGUAAGAAGAAUAGAGAAAGAAAAUCAUGAAUGAUUUGGCAGAAGUUACAAAAUAGAAGAUCGAUUAAGAUUAGUUAAUAAAGAAGAUGAGAAUUCAAGUCUAGGCAUUAGAUGAAGAGAACAGAAAGAAUUCGGAAGAUUCUAUAAAAUUUAAGAAUUAGGUUUAUUAGUUAUAGUAGGAAAUUGAAGAGAUUACUCGAAGUAUGCAAUUGAAUUUUGCAGAGAAGGAGUAGGAAUUACAAAAUAAAUAUGAAAAUACAAUCAUGGAUUUAAACUAAUAGUUGAAUACCUUAACAAUGAGAUUCAAUGAUUUAGUUAGAAAGGAGAAAGACAAUAGAUUUAGAUUAAAAUUAUUGAAAAGCAAUCCUUAGAUGAAAUUACCAUCAGAAUUAGAAGACGAGAAUUGCUAUGAGACAAUGAAGAGGAAGAUGGAAGAUCAAUCACAAUAUCUUUAGAGAUUAAUUUUGGAAAAUGACGAAUUAAAACAAUAACAAUAUUCUCACAUUAGUAAGGGCUCAUUAAAUGAUUAAUAAAAGUAGAAAUCGUAAAAAUAAAGCAUGAAUAUCAUCAAGGACUACACUACUUAAGAUUCAGAUCGUACUAUUCGAUAAAAUGAAUAUCAAAAGACCAUGAAUCCUUUUAAAUAAUAGCCAGUAAAAGUAGUGCCUGCAAUGAACAAUUCUCAGAAUAUUCUUGAUUAAAGGUACGGUAGUAACAGGCCUAUUGAGAGAGAAGUCUACCUAGGCUAAACACAAAAUACUAGAACGGAGCCCCAUUUAUAUAGGAAAUAAUCAUUAUAACGAUUUUGA